GGCACCCUCUGGACAAGGUGGCAGCCUUUGGGACAAAACAGUGCUUUUGUGUGCCAAAAUGCCGUUGACCGCACAAUUUGUGCGCAAUUUGCAGAGAUUUCGACUAGUUACGUUUGACGUAACGGAUACGCUGCUGCGACUUAAAGAUCCAACCACGCAAUACAUACAAACAGCAGCGGCAAAUGGAGUCGCCAGCUUGGACCGAACAAAAAUGGAAUUGUGCUUUCGCCAGCAGUUCAAAUGGAUGAGCAAAAAACAUAAGAAUUAUGGACGGAAUACACCGAACAUGGAAUGGCAGUCGUGGUGGCUCCAACUGGUGGCCAAGACGUUCAACUGUGUGGAUGCGAAUAUACCGCAAGACAAACUGCAAAUUAUUGCCGAGCAGCUUUUAUCUCUAUUUCGCACCAGCGCCUGUUGGACGCACAUCAAUUGUGCCGCGGAAUUGGUGCAGUGCGUCCGUCAGGCGGGCAAGUGUGUGGGCGUCAUCUCCAACUUUGAUCCCUCGCUGCCACAAGUGCUGUCCGCCAUGGGAUUCGAUAAGAAAUUCGAUUUCAUACUCACAUCCUAUGAAGCGGGCGUUAUGAAACCAGAUCCGGGUAUCUUUCAAAUCCCCGUGAAACGUUUACAAAUUGCACCAUCGGAAGCUCUGCAUAUUGGCAACAAGUUUGAUCUGGAUUAUCUGGGAGCACGAAACAGCGGUUGGAGCAGCCUCCUAGUGCAAUCCCAGCCUGAUCCCAAGUUGGACACCAGCUCCGCAGCCAAAUAUAGCUUCCCAAGUCUAGCGAAAAUGCUGCAGACACUCGAAUCCCAGGAAUUUGCCUGGUGACUGCAGCCCAAGUUUAUAUACAAAUUAAAAAAUAUAAUUUCUUAAAUAACUAAAGUUUUUUAGCCGAUCGUGUUGAUCCCCAUUACUCACUCAAAUUUAUAGUUUUAAAUUGCUCUUGUAAUCCGCCUGGUUAUACUCUGUAUAUUAUUAUAUAUAUUCUUGAUAUAUAUAUAUAUAUAUGUAUUUAGUUAGGUGCAUCAAAUUUUAGGCGGAUCGAGUUAAUCUUUAAAUCUUGCCACGUCCACUAAAACAAAAAAACUUCUUUGAUGUAAAAGUCCAGUGAGCCUUUUCAUGCCCCAAAAUUUCUGAUAUUCAAUUUUGUAGCUAACGUUCCUGUUUCCUUAAAUAUAUGUACAUCCAUCUGUGAGAUCCUUUCGUUCAUACGGAAAGACGAAUUUUACCAUAUAAAAUCGACUGUUUAAUAAAAUAUAUAAUUUAUA